AUGACUGAAUCAAACGACUAUUUGCUCUUAUCUUCUUCUGACAUCUUUGGAAAAGAUCACCUUUUGUCAAAUUUCUUGCAAGAUCAUAAUCAACAGCAAAUUUCACCUGUCAUUGAGACCAACUUCCCCUCUCCAGCUUCAUCAAAUGAUUCACUUGACAGCCCUGAAUUAUUGUCCAACAACCAUCUCUCAAUUGAUCCCACUGUAUUGCAAAACCUCCCCAUCUCUGUGCUUCAGUCACUUGCUGCCAUGUACCAACAAAACGACUCGAACAACAACCUGGAAAGCUUUGAUCAAUUUGUUCAAUUUGAAGAUGAUGGCAAGAAUAGUUCUAAUGUCAAUGAUGCUGCUGUAGUUGCUCCCGCUCUUACACCUUCCACUAUUUCCGCAACAACUACUACCCCAAACAAGCCCAAAGCUCAUAGACCUCCUCGUCAGCUAGAGUGCCAUAACUGCCAUGUCACCAAGACUCCGCUCUGGCGUCGCACUCCUGAUAGAGCUCACUCUCUUUGUAAUGCCUGCGGUUUAUAUUACAAGCAAUAUGGUACCCAUCGUCCUCUCCAUGUGCGCCAAAAGCAGCAAACCUCCAAACAGGCCUCUCCUACCACUGCCACUGCCUCCAUUGUGGCAUCUCCCAUUAACUCACCUACCACUAAUGUCUCCCCUGUUGCUGUUUCUGCCUCUGCCGCUGCUGAAGUCGCUGCCAAUUUGCUUCGUCCUAUUCUCAGCCAUCAUUCUAACCAGCAACAACAACAGCAAUGCAACGGCUGCCACCAGACCAAUGUAGCUCUCUGGAGAAAGAGUGAAAGCAGUGAAGCCCUUUGCAAUGCCUGUAACUUUAUCCAAGAUGGCGUUGUUGCUGCAUCUCCCACUAAUAACAAGCGUCCUCGUGAUAGCUCUAUUAGCCAAGAUGAUUUAGAAGACCAACGUCCAAACAAGAUUGCUCAUACCGCUAAUGAGACACCGGCUUUAUUCCCUGCUACUCCUGCUGCUGCUAUGCCACCUACUCCUCCCACUUCUGUUGCUGUGCAAUCCAAAGAAUGGGCAGAGAUUGAUGAUACACGUUUCAAGACGUUGCUUGGCCGUAUGAAUACUCAACAAAUGCAUGGUUUCUUGGGUAUGCUUGAGCGUCGUUGCGCCAUUUUGCGUUCCAUCUUGGUCCCUCAACAGGAGUAG